AUUUCAUCUUUGACAUUUCUGGAAUUUUCCUGCUGUCAAGAGGAAGCCUUGCCGAGCAUGUUUAUUUUGUAAAACGAAAAACCAAAAACCUUAGAAUAAACAACAUUUGUUCGACGCGAAAAUAACAUUAACGAUUCGGUGUGGCGUCAGAAUGUCUGCGACGACAGAGCGCGGCAAUAGCGGGCGCGGUGGUAUUACACGUGUCCUCGCGAAGUUAGAGGCCUCCGUCGCGAGCGGAAACUACUACGAGGCCCAUCAGAUGUAUCGCACCCUCUACUUCCGAUAUGUCGGCCAGAAAAAGUUCACAGAAUGCUUAGACCUGCUCUACAACGGCGCGAUCACCUUUUUGAAUCGCAAUCAACAAAGCAGCGGAAUUGACUUGGCGAUUUUGGUCGUGGACACGCUGGAGAAGUCGCAGGAGAAGAACCACGAACUCUGGAUACAACGAAUGGGGGAGCUCCUGGCGAAAACCAGCCCCGCCGCGGUGGAACGAGAAACAUUGAUUACCCGCGCCGUGAAAUGGAGUGCGGACAUCUCCAAAAACCAACUCGGCCACCCGCUAAUGCAUAAACUCAUUGCGCGGAUCAUGUGGUCCGAGGGAAAUAUCGAGCUGGCGCGGCAUCACUACUUGCUCUCCCGCGAUGGGGUCAGUUGCGGCGAAAUGCUGGUGCACCUGAGCCGCAACAAAGGAUAUCCGUCCGAGACAGAUCUCUUCAUCGCUCAAAUCAUCCUGCAGCAGCUCUGCCUGAAGGAGACCAAAAUAGCUAGCGAAACAUUCGAGACCUACACCAAGUACCACCCCAAGAUCGCCCGUACGGAGCCGCCGUUUGUGAUGCCACUUUUGAAUUUCAUAUUCUUCCUGCUGAAGGCAAUCGAAACGAACGGCAAACUAGCCAUGUUCAAAGCACUCUGUGAUCUCUACAAAGCUUCGCUGGACCGCGACCCCUCCUACGAGAAAUACCUGCAGAAAAUCGGGAUAAUAUUCUUCGGUGCUCAGCCGCCGCAGCAGCCUGGCAUGGGCGGGCUGUUCGGCAACUUAUUCACUAGAAUGUUCCAGAGCAUGAACGAGGAGGAGGAUGCAAUGCCACAACAACAGCACCAGCAGCAGUCUGGGAGUGGUGGCGGUCCGAACACGAGGUCCAGGAGAAACGACGCGUCUUCGGAGUUAGACUAAUUGAGGUUCUGCCGCAGCCACCGCGGAUUGCAAUACACGAUUUUGGUUUUUAAAUUAGUUUUUUGAUGAUUUUUCUUUUUGAUUAAGCGAAAGGAGGACGAUAGCGAAAAAAAUCGUUGAAGAGACACGCACGGAGCGUGAAUAUCCGGUAGCUGUGAAAAUGUGGAAAAGAAGCGGCUACACAGGAGAACCAGAGAAAUAUUCAAAAUUUGGAAUUGUUUUUGCUGCUUUUUUUGUAUGCGUAAAAUAAGAGAAUGUUAGUUGAGAAGAAAA